AUGUUAGAAGAUCGUCUCAACAAGGCCAGGUCAAUAGUCGUAUGUCAGGCCGAUAGGAAUGCGUCAAUUAAAGAAAAAUACAGCCAGACUUAUGGUAACUUACGAAAGGUUUCUGACGAAAGAUCAGGCCAAAUUCCUGAGCACUAUAUAGAAACCGGACUCCUCGAGAUGAUUUUGAAAAGUACAAAAGAUAAAAUCACCAAAAAAGAAGCCGAAUACAAAUCUCUCUUCUCAGAGUUCAAGAAUAUUUUAAGACAAAUUCGGGCCAAUGAAAUUGAGGAACAAAACUUCAGGGAUAGUCUGGGCGAAUAA